CGGCCCCUUGUCGGCCAGAGUGGAGCGGCAGUGAGUGCGCGGCAACUCUCGCGACCGCACCGCGCGCACGAUGCGCAUACGCAACGCAAACGCGAGUGCCCCAUACCCACAGGAACAUUGUGAAGUGAUAUAAUAUAUAGGAUUUGAAUAGGCGUCAACAAGAAGGUAAGCGAAAUAUUAAAAAAUAAUUCAAAAUGGCGACUUCGGGAGGGAAGUCGCGGCGAGAGGAGGCGAGCGACAACUCGGACGACGAGCUGACCCCGCUCGCCAACGAAAUAUAUGGCGGCAGUCAAAGAACAGUACAAGAAACGAAAGGAUGGGACGUGUUCAGGGAGUUUCCACCGAAGCAAGACAGUAUAUCUAUGGAGACGCAGAAAUGGCUGGAGUUCACAGUACGGAUGCUUAAAGUGUUGGCGUACGCGGUCACUUUCAUAGUGGUGCUGGCGUCCGGUGUUAUAGCCAAAGGCACCGUGCUAUUUAUGACGUCGCAGCUGAAAAAGGAUAGGCGGAUCGCUUAUUGUAAUAGAAAUUUAGGUAGAGACAAGCAAUUUAUCGUGAGCCUGCCGGACGAGGAGCGAGUCGCGUGGAUGUGGGCAGUAUUCGCUGCCUUUGCCAUACCAGAAAUAGGAACAUUUAUAAGAUCUAUCAGGAUAUGUUUUUUCAAAACUUCCAAAAGACCUUCACCUGUUCAAUUUGUAGUGGUAUUCCUAGCGGAAUCUCUACAAACGAUAGGUAUGGGUAUAUUAUUUUUCAUAGUAUUACCGGAACUCGAUGUGGUCAAAGGGGCGAUGUUGACGAACUGUCUCUGUGUCAUCCCGGCAAUCCUUGGGCUACUGUCGCGCAACCAUCGUGACUCGAAGCGAUUCGUAAAGGUCAUCGUCGAUAUGGCAGCGAUUGUCGCGCAAGUGACCGGCUUCAUCGUGUGGCCGAUCUCGGAGAACAAACCAGUGCUGUGGCUGAUACCCAUUUGUUCAAUCUGCAUAUCAUUAGGAUGGUGGGAGAACUAUGUGACGAGACAAAGUCCUAUCGGCAUAAUAAAAAUACUAGGAAGGAUGAAGGAAGAAUUAAACGCUUCACGGUAUUACACAUAUAGGUUUAUGUCACUCUGGAAGAUUCUUUUGUUCCUCAUGUGUAUUCUCUUCUGCAUAUGGAUGGAUGGAGACGAACCCGCUAUGUUCUUCCAACUAUUUAAUCCAGGUUUUGGGCCACAUAAUAUUGUUGUUGAAGAGAUACAACUUCAACUUGGCGGCACUACGAUACCUGAUUUGGUGAAUGCUACCUUAACAGGAGAUUCAGUAGAGGUGGCCGCGGUGCACAAGUCCGCAUUUUACGUUAUGCUGAUUCAAAUAUUUGCUGCAUACUUCUGCUACAUAUUUGGAAAGUUCGCUUGUAAAAUUCUCAUACAAGGAUUCAGUUACGCAUUCCCUAUAAACUUGGUCAUACCGCUUGUUGUGAAUUUCUUGAUUGCCGCUUGUGGUUUAAGAAACGGCGAUAAUUGCUUCUUCCAUGGGACUGUGCCAGAUUAUCUCUUCUUCGAGAGUCCACCGGUAUUCUCCCUGAGUGAUUUUAUAUCAAGACAAAUGGCAUGGGUGUGGCUCCUAUGGUUACUUUCGCAGACCUGGAUUACGAUUCAUAUUUGGACUCCAAAAGCUGAACGUUUGGCAUCUACAGAAAAAUUGUUCAUACUACCAAUGUAUAACGGCUUGCUCAUCGAUCAGAGCAUGGCACUUAAUCGAAAGAGGGAUGACCAGAAGGAUGUUAAAACAGAGGAUCUGGCUGAAAUAGAAAAAGAGAAAGGCGACGAAUAUUAUGAAACGAUAUCUGUUCACACUGAUAAUACUGGAUCUUCUCCUAGAACUAUUAAGUCAUCAGAUCAAAUUACUAGAAUCUAUGCAUGCGCUACUAUGUGGCAUGAAACUAAAGAUGAAAUGAUGGAGUUCUUGAAGUCUAUUCUACGUUUAGACGAGGAUCAGUGUGCUCGUCGUGUCGCUCAAAAAUAUCUACGUGUUGUUGAUCCUGAUUACUAUGAAUUCGAAACCCAUAUCUUCUUGGAUGACGCCUUUGAAAUAUCUGACCAUAGUGACGACGAUUCACAAGUGAAUCGAUUCGUCAAACUCUUAAUAGAUACGAUCGACGAAGCUGCUUCGAAUGUGCACCAAACGAUUAUUCGCAUCCGACCUCCGAAGAAGUAUCCCGCGCCUUACGGAGGCCGUUUGACUUGGGUGCUACCAGGAAAGACCAAAAUGAUUUGUCACUUGAAAGACAAGGCUAAGAUUCGUCACAGGAAGCGAUGGUCUCAGGUCAUGUACAUGUACUAUCUCUUGGGUCACCGUCUUAUGGAACUACCGAUAUCCGUGGAUAGGAAAGAAGUAAUGGCCGAAAACACAUUCUUGCUAACAUUGGACGGGGACAUUGAUUUCCAGCCUCACGCUGUACGCUUGCUUAUUGAUUUGAUGAAAAAGAACAAAAACCUGGGUGCUGCUUGCGGUCGUAUUCAUCCUGUUGGAUCUGGCAUGAUGGUGUGGUACCAAAUGUUCGAAUACGCUAUUGGUCAUUGGCUGCAAAAGGCCACGGAACACAUGAUCGGAUGUGUGCUCUGUAGUCCGGGAUGCUUCUCACUCUUCAGAGGAAAAGCUUUGAUGGACGACAACGUUAUGAAGAAAUACACUUUGCGCUCUGACGAAGCUCGGCAUUACGUACAAUACGAUCAAGGUGAAGAUCGUUGGUUAUGCACGCUACUUUUACAACGUGGUUAUCGUGUGGAAUAUUCAGCUGCCUCGGACGCCUACACCCAUUGUCCCGAAGGAUUUAGCGAAUUCUAUAACCAGCGUCGUCGCUGGGUGCCAUCGACCAUUGCCAACAUUAUGGACUUGCUAGUUGACUACAAACAUACCAUUAAAAUCAACGACAACAUUUCGACUCCUUAUAUCGCUUAUCAGAUGAUGUUGAUGGGUGGUACUAUCCUCGGCCCCGGCACUAUAUUCCUUAUGUUGGUGGGUGCCUUCGUGGCGGCUUUUAGAAUCGACAACUGGACAUCUUUCGAAUACAACUUAUACCCGAUUGCCAUAUUUAUGUUCGUUUGCUUCACAAUGAAAUCCGAAAUACAGUUAUUGGUGGCACAAAUCCUCUCGACUGCAUAUGCGAUGAUAAUGAUGGCUGUAAUUGUCGGUACAGCGCUACAGUUGGGCGAGGACGGUAUAGGAUCGCCUUCUGCUAUCUUCUUGAUAUCCUUGUCAAGUUCAUUUUUCAUAGCAGCGUGUUUGCAUCCACAAGAGUUUUGGUGUAUUGUACCCGGUAUAAUUUACUUACUAUCUAUACCUUCUAUGUACUUGCUUUUGAUUUUGUAUUCAAUCAUUAAUCUGAACGUCGUAUCCUGGGGUACUCGUGAGGUACAAGUGAAGAAAACUAAAAAGGAAAUUGAACAAGAGAAAAAAGAGGCCGAAGAAGCGAAGAAAAAUGCUAAACAAAAAUCCCUCUUGGGUUUCCUCCCAGGGGUUAAUAACAAUGAAGAAGAAGGUUCAAUUGAAUUUUCAUUUGCCGGAUUGUUCAAAUGUUUAUUGUGCACACAUCCUAAAGGAAACGAAGAGAAAGUACAACUGCUGCAUAUUGCUUCUACUCUUGAAAAAUUAGAGAAGAAACUAGAUACGAUUGAAAGAACUGUGGAUCCUCAUGGAUUAAAUAGAGGAAGAAAAUUAUCUGUAGGACCAAGAGGAAGCAAUGCUGGUGAUCAUCAACUAGACCCACUAGCAGAAGGGCCUGAAGAAGACAACGAUCUAUCAUCUGAAGCGGAUACAAUGUCGACCGCACCUAGAGAAAGAAGAGAUGAUUUGAUAAAUCCAUACUGGAUCGAAGACCCCGAUCUGAAGAAGGGUGAAGUUGACUUUUUGAGUCAAGCUGAAACGCAAUUUUGGAAAGAUUUAAUUGAUAAAUAUUUGUAUCCCAUUGACGCAAAUAAAGAGGAGCAGGCACGAAUUGCACGUGACUUGAUAGAGCUUCGCAAUAAGUCAGUUUUUGCAUUUGUAAUGUUCAAUGCUUUAUUCAUAUUGAUAGUAUUUUUAUUACAACUGAACAAAGAUCAACUCCACGUGAUUUGGCCUUUGGGAGUAAAGACAAAUAUUACGUACAUCGAGGAUACAGGCGAGGUGCUCAUUUCGAAAGAGUAUUUGCAAUUGGAACCCAUAGGUUUGGUUUUCGUGUUUUUCUUCGCUUUGAUUUUGGUUAUUCAAUUCACUGCUAUGUUGUUCCAUCGAUUUGGAACCAUUUCACACAUCUUGGCGUCCACGGAACUAAACUGGUUCUGCACCAAGAAGUCUGAAGACCUGUCACAAGAUGCGUUAUUGGACAAGAAUGCCAUAGCAAUAGUUAAAGACUUGCAGAAACUAAAUGGCCUUGACGAUGAUUAUGAAAAUGAUUCUGGAUCAGGGCCACAGAAUGUGGGACGAAGAAAGACUAUACACAAUUUAGAGAAAGCGCGGCAAAAGAAGAGAAACAUAGGAACGCUAGAUGUCGCCUUCAAGAAACGUUUCUUCAAUAUGAAUGCCAAUGAAGGACCAGGUACCCCAGUAUUAAAUCGCAAGAUGACUUUACGUAGAGAAACUCUGAAAGCAUUGGAAACAAGAAGAAACUCUGUGAUGGCAGAACGAAGGAAAUCACAAAUGCAGACGCUUGGUGCGAAUAACGAAUAUGGUGUUACUGGCAUGCUGAAUAAUAACCAUGGUGCUGCGCCCCGCCAUCGUACAUCGACUGCGAACAUAUCUGUGAAAGACGUAUUCGCCGAACCUAAUGGAGGUCAAAUAAACCGCGCGUACGAGACAUCGCUGGGCGAUGACGAUGAUAUCAACUCUAUGAGAUUACAACCAAGACAAAACCAAGUCACUUUCCAGGGUAGAUAUUAGAUUAUUGAAAUUUUAAUCAAUUCGUAAGUUGCCAAAUUGUUCGACAAAGGAUGGUUGAUUGAAGAAUUUAGAAUUAAGAAUUUGUAGAUACUAAUUUUGUAAAAAGGUUUCGAUUCCUGAUUUAUGACUCAAUAAAGUUCUUUGAAUAAACAUUGAAUUGUAGAAUAGCUUGUGAGA